AUGACACGGUCGCAAACGCGAGCACAGUCGCCGAUACCACGUAGGAUAAAGACAGAUGAAGAAACCCAGGUACGAAAGCGGGAAGAAAAAACCAAGAUGGCAGAAGGUCAAAGCACAGGUAACGCGAUCACAUUAACGAAGAAACAGUUUGCUGCCCUUCUACAACAGAUACAAAUAUCUGUCGCAAACAUCACGCAAAAACAAGAUAAUUUUUCACGAUGCACUACACGAUUCGACGGAAACAAGACAUCCGAUGUAGAAGCGUUUAUUGACGCGAUCGUCACAUAUAAAGAAUGUACCAAUACAUCCGACGAAAACGCGUUGAAAGGGUUACCGAUCUUCCUCACGGACAUCGCCGCGACAUGGUGGCAAGGUGUUAAACACACGGUUAAUAGCUGGGAUACCGCGAUAGAACUGUUGAAACAAACUUACGGACCCAAAAAACCGGCGUAUCGAAUAUAUAAAGAACUAUUCGCCCGCGAACAGGAAGAGGCCACAUCAACAGACAUAUUUAUAUGCAAAGCGCGUGCGUUACUGUCGAAACUUCCGUAUGACACUCCGUUAACGGAAAGCAUCCAGAUAGAUAUAGUUUACGGAUUAUUGGCAUAUAAAAUCCGCAAGGAAAUACUACGCGAUAAAGUCACGUCAUUCACGGAACUGCUAGAUCUCGCCAGAGAAGUCGAAAUGGCUAGAGCCGAAAAAACGAAACUCGACCGCGUUGUAAAUAUUGCAAGAAUUUCGGACAUCUUGUGGACGAGUGUAGAAACCUCAAAAAGAAAAACGAGAAAAACUUAA